AUGCAUUCCCACUCUGAUGGGGGCGCGUCAAGCUUCUGGAUUGGACCGGAGCCGCCUCUAGAGGAACAGCUCCAGUAUCACCAAGCACACCAUGCUAGCCAGAGCUAUGAUAUGCUCUCCGCGUCGAUCAGUUCGAUCUCGACAGACAAGACUCAGCCGGUGGUUGGACAUGGCCAAGGACAUGGAAGACUGUCGGUCCCAGCCCCAGCUGCCGUCCCAUACUUAGGGACCCACACCAAUACCCCGGAGGCUUCCCACCCUCCCAGCUUGUAUACAGGCAUCUCCGGCAACUCGCCUCCAAGCUUGCCCUCAACGGAGGGACAUUCUACCGGCUCCCAAGUUCCCUCCCACUCCCACCCAGGAGGUGGUCCUCGGCCCCAAAUCGAUUGUUCUUACAUCCCAACCGACUUGGCGCACCACGCCGUCCCUGCAGGGAUACCGACGCACAUCCUCUCGGAGGACUUGCAACAGCCUACCCAGAAUCCCGGGAAUGCAAUCUCCCAGUCGACAGCACCUCCCACACCCCCAGAUCUGAAGACGGAUCUCGAACUACUACGCCAGGUGGUGAGCGGAGUAACUUGGCAUUUCCUUGAAGUGCAAUACUUCUGCCCGUCCCAGCCCUGCGAUUACGAAAGCCUCAGAGAGGAUAAAGUAAAGACGCACUGGAACAACGUGCAUCGGGAAGACAAUAAGAAGUCUGGCGAGAACAAGCCGUUGAAGACAACCUAUCCUCACCCUGAAAAAUGCCCAGGCUGUGAGAAACCAAUCGGAAGCUGGCGCCAAAUGUGGGCUUGCUAUACCAAACACCGAUGCGUCGACCCCAAGUCGUUGGGCGCGUGCUCAGGAACAGGUGGCAACGACCCUGGCAACGACCCUGGCGAUGAUCCUGGCGAUUAUCCCGGUGAUGACUUUGGCCAUGACUUUGGUGAUGACCCUGGAGAUGAUUAUGGUAAUGAUUCCGACGAUGAGCCUGACGAUGAUCCUGGAGAUGAAUCUCGUCAAGCUGGUUGCAACGGCGUUGGGUCGUACAUGGAUGAUCGUGGUGGCGAACGCCCAUCAUCGCAUAGACAUGGGCCUAAUGUGUUUGGCAAUGCUAUGGGACAUCCACCCUGGCAGUCGUUCCCUGGGGCGCAUGCCGCGGAGACGAGCCAUCAUCCAGUGGCAUCUUUAGCACGUACACAAUCCAUGCUUGACACUGUCGCUACAACACUGAACACCAUGCCGCCGCAGCCUCGCCAGAUCACUCUGCGUCCCUCGACUUCUCCCGUCUCGGUGCGUAAUACUUCACGUCGCACUGUAGGUGGACGGGUCAGUCGGUCAGGAAGGCCCUCUGGGCCCCGGCCAGAACGGCCGGCGCACGAUUCUCGCCGAAGGUUGUGCGGGCAUUGCCGGAUUCGUCGAAGUGACUGUCAACAGUGCCAGAACGAUCCACCAUCCAACGAGGGAUGCCAUCGUUGCCGCCGCUCACCAAAUACUGCCACAGGACAAGCGGAUAAUCCCCGUAUGGUUGGCUCGUUCUUUCAAACCUCUCCGACCAGACAGACUAUCCGUUAUAUCGACCCGGCUAUUCUCAAUGCCCAAGCUUACCCGGAUCUCACUGGAAGCAUACCUAUGGGCCCUUCUGGUAACGUGGAUGCUCGGGGUGAUAUGCAUUAUGGGCAGCAAGAAGACUAUGAGCCGCGCACGAAUUUCCGCCCGGGUAACCGCUCCUAUCAUGCUCGUGCCGUAACUGACGUUCUUGUGCGCGGCAUACCCGAGUCUGAGAUGGAGACCUCUGUCUUGGACCUCAAGGCGCGAUCGCAAAUCAAGAAUGCUCAGAAGGCCGAUCCUGUCGUCGUCGCCCUCCCCUUCAGAAUCCCGUUGCCACGUCUUCGGAGACCCCUCACUGGCGUGGCAACGAUACCUUCCGGUGGCAUGGAACUAGUCACUCGACGGGCAUUUGGCCCACCUUUCCUGAGUCCAAUCAAGCCAUCUUCCGGAUGCCAAUGCUCCUGUCGCAGCAGAUCCCAAACAACGUACUUUGGACGCGGUCGCGUGGAUAUUGCCCCCGGAAGAAAAGUCGAGAUGAACUUCAAGAUGAUGCCAGCACAGAGGAAUGCUGGCCAUCCUCUCCGGACCCGCAUCCAAGUCGUCGUCAAGAUGUUAAGACUCAGGACUUCCGCCGCAAAGUCCGCGACUGGCAAGAGGGAGGCUCACGCUGCUCUCAAGGAUGCCGUGGAAUCUACUCUCGAGGCCUCCGAGACUACUACCCAGGAGGAGGGCAAGAUUGUGGACCUGGAUGAUUCGGCCGAUGACUCGGAUGUUGAAUCCAUCGCGAACUCUACCUUCUCUUCUCCUGCAUGCUCGCGGAGUUCCUCCUACUCGGACCUUACCGUGUUUUCCUCAUCACGGCCCAGCUCGCCCUCCCAAUGGGACUGGGAAGAGGAGACAUCCUGCCGUGAGGAUGAGCCGAUUCAGGACGUGGAGCUCUACGAAGAAGAAGAGAACGAGUUGGAGUUCCGGUUUGAUCUUGAUCUGGAGGGCUCCCUCAAAAAGCUAUCGGAGUGGACUGGAGUGUCGACUGAUACUCUUUGCUCCGAGCGAUCGACCUUGGACCCCGAUCGUGUGUUCGAGUACCUCAUGAAAUACUUGCUCUGGGUCUUGUUCUCGCUGGCGCGCGCGAGAGACUACGAGCCCAACCCUUGCUUGCGCAAAAAACCGUCUCCUCGAUCUUGA